AAUUAACAGGGGCGUCAUCCAAUGUGAGCUCAGGACGCGCGCCGCGCUGGCAAAACCUCGUGAUAACCCAGGCACAGUGAUGCUGAAAGUGGGGACGUGAGGUGAGCCUGAAGGAAAUGAGUGGACCCCCAAAAAACAAAGCACGAGCGAGGGAUGAAAUGUCAUAAAUAAACACGUUUGAAUGAUGAGGUUUGAGUAGUUUGAGCGCGUGAGAAACAUGCCUGAUUUGUCCAUCAGCUGGCGCGGCUGAAGCUCUCCUCUCUGGAUUUUUUUUGGAUUGUGACAAGUGCCAGGACUGGACCCCAAACAGGACCAGGACUACAAUAAAUCUAAAGGGAUUGUCAUCCUGCCACCCUUUUUUUGGAGGUUCGUCCAGUUUUCACCUGACAGCACACACCACCCGGAGCCAAGACGUUGCUCCCCGUAGAGCCGGGUCGCCCCAGUCCGAGCAGCGCAGUCCGUGUGGGCAGGUCGGCACUCGGAGUCUUGCAGGCCGGAGACAUGAUGGUCCACUGUGCCGGCUGUGAACGGCCAAUCCUGGACCGGUUCCUCCUCAACGUGCUGGACCGAGCCUGGCACGCUAAGUGCGUCCAGUGCUGCGAGUGCAACUGCAACCUCACCGAGAAGUGCUUCUCCAGGGACGGGAAGCUUUAUUGCAAAAUGGACUUUUUCAGGCGGUUUGGCACAAAGUGCGCAGGGUGCCUGCAGGGAAUCUCGCCGAGCGACCUCGUGCGUAAAGCGCGCAGCAAGGUGUUCCAUCUGAACUGCUUCACCUGCAUGGUGUGUAACAAGCAGCUGUCCACGGGAGAGGAGCUCUACGUGAUCGACGAGAACAAGUUUGUGUGCAAAGAAGAUUAUGUGAGCUCCGGAGCCAUCAAGGAAGUCAACUUGAACUCAGUGUCGUCGUGUACGGAUAGGAGUUUAUCACCGGAUCUUCAGGACCCGAUACAGGACGACAUAAAGGAGACGGACAAUUCCACGUCCUCUGAUAAGGAAACGAACAAUAUUGAGAACGAGGAGCAGAACUCGGGCACCAAGAGGCGGGGGCCCCGGACCACCAUCAAGGCCAAGCAGCUGGAAACGUUAAAGGCCGCGUUUGUGGCCACACCGAAACCGACCCGGCACAUCCGGGAGCAGCUGGCCCAGGAGACCGGACUGAACAUGCGCGUCAUCCAGGUUUGGUUCCAGAACAGAAGAUCCAAAGAGCGACGGAUGAAGCAGCUGAGCGCUCUAGGGGCUCGACGACAUGCUUUCUUCAGGGGCCCGAGGAGGAUGAGGCCCCUGGGAGGCAGGCUGGAGGAUCCAGACAUCUUAGGACCUGGAGCAUACGGUUACUACGGAGAAUAUCAAGGCGACUAUUACGGACCAGGAAGUAACUACGACUUUUUCCCUCACGGCCCUCCAUCCUCGCAGGCCCAGUCUCCAGCUGAGUCCCCUUACAUCCUGGGCUCCGGACCAGGAGCCAUGGAGGGCUCGGGCCACCACCCGUCAGACGACCAAAGGUUCACGGACAUGAUCUCUCAUGCAGAAACCCCCAGUCCGGAGCCGGGCUUACCGAGCUCCCUGCAGCCUGUCCCGGGGGAGGCUUACGGGGGCGGACCCAGUCCUCCUUUCUCUUUGGCGAGUAACUCCAGCUACAGCGCUCCCAUGUCCCACCAAGGCCCUGAGAUGGGGGAAACCGCAGCCUGGUAAAGGAUGGACUGCAGAACAUGGACAAUUCCUGGGCUGACAGUCAGUCCAGUUAAUUCAGGAGAAAACAGAAGCAGAAAAGUUCAGCUGGAGUUUCUACAGAGGACUUUUUAAAAUCACGGACUGAUUUUCACAACUGAUGGACAGAAAUGGAAUAAAGAAUGGGACGGCUCGCUGGAAGAACCCAACACUUUGCUGCCCAGUAGACACUCCAAAGCAUAUCCUUUCCUGGAUCACUGGACUUGAAUUAUUUUAAAUAAAUGUUGCGAUUCCACCCAGCAAAAACGCUUCAUCCCUCACCCUCCCCUUCAUGAGAAAGGGGGACAGCUCUUUUUUAAGUUCUCUUAAUUUGUCACCACAUUUUGGGAAUAUUUCUUCAAAGCAAUAUGAGUUUUUUUAUUAUGUCUUUGUUGCAAAGUUACCGGCGUACUCUCAAUAUUCAAAAGACAAAGCAGCAGCAGGUUGAAACAGGCUUUAAUGGUCAGAUAUGAAGAACGCAGUCUAGACACAGAAAUGUUGCUUUAAAUAUUUCACCUUAAUGUCAGUAUGUCAACUCAAAGGCUGCUUUUCAUAGACACACACACCUUUCAUAUCUAUAUAUACACACACACACACACACUCACACUCACUCACACACAGCUCUGGCACUGACUUCCUCCAGCGCACAUCUUAUAGCUAUAAAUCCCUUAAUGCACAAAAAGUGUUCUUGAUCAUAGCUCGAAAGAAGGAUGUCUCUACCAUUAUUCAAAACACGUACACAAUUAUACAGACACUUGUACUCGCUCAAGCGUGCACACACACACACAGGAACACACACAAACGCACAAAAUCUCACACCCAUCCAGCCCGGCCCUGAUAGUUCUGCCUCACAGACUGCUUCACCUGACCUUCCUUUUGUUACUGUCCCUUUUAAAAAACAUGUUUUAAUGGAAAUGAUUUUCAAAAGAACAUUGAACCCAUAAUGGAGAAUCUCCUUCAACAGCUGAGGUCUCCUUCCUCUAAAGAGAGAAAACAAAAGAGGGGGCAGACAACAUCUGUGACAUUACCGCUGCAUGUCUGCUCCGAAGCUCUCAUUGCCAUCUAGUGGCCUUAAAACACACAGAAUUAAAAAAUAUCAGCUCAGUCCGGCCGUGUUUACAUGAACAUCUUUGUGCUGCGGAGUACAAAUUAUGAUUAAAUUUCUUCUCUCUAAAUAAUGCCCAUUCAUAAUUCUUGCAGUUUCAGGGCCAAGUGUCUUCACAGCCUCUAUUUGAAAAGUCAGCCUUUGUGCAGCUUUAUUAGAUUAAACAAUAGCUUCAUCCGUCCUCAUAAUGCUGCUUCUGAAAGGACGCACACAAUUGGAAUUAGCUGGGAUUGUUCAGACAACAUUGCCGUUUAAAAUCUUUAUGCUUCUUUUCGUUCUGUUGCGUCACACACAACCGACGUCUUAAAGAAAACACUCUGUCUCUCUCUGUUCGUCCGCCAUGAGCUCACUUGAAAUAUAGUUUUGGAGUUUCCUUUAAACAUUGUAUAAGAUUUAGAGAGAAUGUGUCUUAUUUCUGAUGUAUUGAGAUAUUCUUGGAUACAAAGGCGAAUGUGUGUGUGUGUGUGUGUGCUUGUGUGUGUGAGUGUGUGUGUGUGGAUGCUUGUGGGUGUGCAUGUGCUUGUGUGUGGGAAAAGGGAACGAGGCUGUAUUAUUUCUAUGUAAAUAGCACUGGUAAUAAAACCUUCUCUUACAACAUGA